AUAUGAAAAUAAGCAUUUUAAACUAGCGAUUUUAUCGAGGAGGUAGCAUUAGUUCUAAUAAGCUGCUUGCAGUGACUUGCUGACCUCGAAAUACUGAGUGAUGCCACAAAUUCAAGAUCCCUCGAAAACAAAGGCAUGUCCAAAGGCGGGACUUUUCUGAAGUUGAUCGAUACAAAGGAAAAAGAAAAAAAAAGAAGACGUUAAAGGUAUCGGUACCAUGUAUAACAUUCAAAUUCUGAUGACAAAUAAAAAUGACAGCGCGUUUAAUUAUACAAGUUUUUGAUCAGUAUCAAAGAGCCCGUCUUUCAUUCGUUCAAUCUGUUGCCGAUUUUGCGUCGAAACCAUACAAUGUAGAAUGUUUAGAAGCUGCUGGGGCUUUGGAUCUAUUGUAUCCUUUGUUAGCAGAUCAUGUACCAUCCAUUCAACACAUGGCAGCUGUUGCUUUAGGGAAACUUGCGAAUAAUAAUCAUAGGAUAGCACAAACUAUUAUAAGAAAAGACAUGUUACCUCAGUUAUUAAAGAACAUUGAUAAACAAAAUAAAUUUUAUAAAAAAGCAGCUUUAUGUGUCAUACGUGGAAUUGCUAAACAUUCCCCUGAAUUGGCAUCUAUAGUGAUUCAAAAUAAUGCAUUGGAUGUCAUUAUACUUUGCUUAGAAGAUUUUGAUUCUGGAGUCAAGGAGGCUGCUGCUUGGACAUUAGGAUAUAUUGCUAAGCAUAAUAAAGAAUUAGCUGAAGCUAUUGUUGAUGCGGGCGGUGUACCUCUUUUGGUCUUAUGUUUGCAAGAACCAGAACUAUACCUUAAACAAAUUAGCGCAUCCGCUUUGUUUGAUAUAAGCAAACAUAGUAAUGAUCUUGCAGAAACUGUAGUUGAUGCAGGAGCAAUUCCUUUUCUUGUGAAAGCAUUAGCAAAUCCUGAUAACAAAUUAAAGCACCAAGUUCUUUCUGCUUUAAGCAGUAUAGCAAAGCAUUCUGUACAACUGGCUGAAUCAGUUCUUGAAGCUGAAAUUUUACCCGAUAUUCUGGUACACAUGGCGCAUCCCGAUGAAUGUGUUAUUAAAGCUGCGGCAAUAUUAACUAGAGAGAUUUGCAAACAUACAAUAGAAAUGGCCCAACUUGUUGUAAAUAACGGCGGUAUCGGUGCACUUGUCGAAUUAAUUGCUACUCCAAAAUUAAUGGCCAGAUUAUCAGCAAUAAUGGCAAUUGGAUACAUUGCUGGACAUUCGGAUCAAUUAGCUAUUGCAGUUAUAGGAUCUAAAGUAAUCGAUCAUCUGUCUCUAAUAUUGCAUAAAGAGACAGAUAAUCAUGUACUUGCUGUAACCGUAUGGGCAAUUGGACAAAUCGGGAAACAUACAUCGGAACAUGCAAAAGCAGUUGCGGUUGCAAAUGUUUUUCCAAAAUUAUUACAGAUUUAUAACGAUCCAAGUACUCCAGAGGAUCUUAAAGCGAAAUGUAACACAACGUUAAAACAGGUAUUACAACGAUGCAUGUACGUAGAAGCAUUGGAACCUUUGUUACACGAUUCGCCUCCGAAUAUAUUGAAAUAUAUUCUUGGACAAUUUAGUAAGAUACUGCCUCACGAUGCCAGGGCAAGAAGACUAUUUGUGAUAUCCGGUGGCUUGAAGAAGGUGCAAGAAAUUGAGGCUGAACCUGGUUCAAUGCUCUUAGAAUAUAUACAGAUUAUCAACUGUUGUUUUCCGGAAGAAAUUGUCAGAUAUUAUUCUCCUGGAUAUCCGGACAGUCUUCUGGAAGCGGUUGAACAGUAUCAACCGAAAUGCCCGUCCUUGUUCACGUUGGAUGAACAUUUAUCCUCCGAGACUGAUUCCAAAUCUUCGUUAUCAUCUCAAGUUGACGAGUGUUAAAUUAUACAAUUACAUAUAUUGUUUAACGAUAUAUUAAAGCAGUAUGAAAAAAUCUUUCCAAAUGAACUGCUCAAAUUAAUGUGGUUUUGUAUUUCAGAACAGAAAUAUACAUAUACACGAAUAGACUAUUAUGUAUGUGUUAGAAAGAACUAUGUAUAUGUAUAUACCUUUGUAAUACGAUUUAAGUUGUUUCUUAAUCAGUUUUUAUCGCUGAUAUCUUUAGAUAAGUGAUAAUCACUGAACCACAGAGGAGGUAUAGGCACAGACGAGAUUUCAGAUAGAGCAAGUAACUUAUGAAAGUUUGUGUUUUAUGAUCUGAAAUAUCGACAUCAUCUAUAGAAGUUCUUCAAAUGCCAUCUAACAUAUUUCCCGUGUAACUCAAACUGAUUUCAUCAAUAAUUUUAAAAAUUGUAUUAUUUACAUCUCCUUUGUGUUUUGGGAAUUUAACACGUUGCGGUUUAAUAUUUUAUUGUAUCGAGUAUUGUAUUAAAUAAACCAUGGAAGUUAAUGAAA